AUGGGCGUUACAGUUGAGAUAAUCUCCCAAGGCGACGGUCAAACAUUCCCUAAGAAGGGCGACACUGUGAAGAUUCACUACGUUGGCACCCUCACGGACGGCAAAAAGUUCGACUCCAGUCGCGAUCGUGGGGACCCGUUCGUUACUCAGAUUGGUGUAGGAAAGGUUAUCAAGGGCUGGGAUGAGGGUGUCCCCCAGCUGUCUGUUGGCUCCAAAGCGGUCUUGACCGUCACUCCCGACUACGCUUAUGGCUCCCGUGGCUUCCCGCCUGUUAUUCCGCCCAACUCGACCCUCAAGUUCGAAGUUGAGCUCCUUAGCAUUGCUUAA